AUGAAAGAUUUGUGUUCAGAUAGGAGGUCUAGCGAAGGAGGUGAGCACUCGAAGCCGGGAGUGAGUUCCGAUGUUGAGAAGCUGAAAUCUUUGUCUUCCUCGUCCCCAUCUCCGUUGAAUGAACCUUUAACCAUCAUCAUUACAGAUGAGUAUAAGGAUGAGAAAUUCUCACCAUCAAGUCGGGAUUUGUCCGAUGAUUGUAGCAGUGUACAAAGUCAGGACUCCAGAAGAUCAUCUCUUAGAAGAAGCACAAUGACCCAGAGAAAUGCUGCACCGGCCCACCUAGCUAAAACCAGAAGCAAGGAAUCUAAAUUAUCCAUGUCUCCAGAUGGGUCAUCCUGCUCUUCUUUACUGUCACCUAAAAGCUGCACCAGUCGGAUAGAAGAUAAGCCCUCGCCAAAAGAAACCAUGCUGGAGGCGGUAGGUUUGAUCAGCCGAAGGUCACUAGAACUGUCUCCAAAUUCAGACAUAGAUGGAACUGCCCUGAACAAACCUUUGAGACUCCAGCCAAGAGUUUCCCCCACAGCAAUGACACCAAAAAGAGAAAAGAGAAGCCCGGCUCAUGCUGGUGCCGGUGGGAACAUGAGACCCAGCAUCAUGGCUGGGGGCCUUCCAAAGCCAGGUUCUAGUACUGUAAAAAGUAUAGCCAUAACCUACGAUCCUGUGAUUAUAGAUGAUGUUAAACUGGAUCACCAUCCACUGAUACACCACAAGAAAGGUGUCGACUCCUUACCACAGCCUACUUUAGAGGAGGAGGUUGUAGCCACACCGCUGGAUCUAGGCAGGGGAGAGCACCCACAUGGACCAGGAGCUAGAUCUGAUCGGGAGAGGAGUCAGAGCCGGCUCAAGUUUGAGAUAACCAGCGAUGAUGGGUUUUCUUGUCAGGGGGAUACUGUGGAGGAUGCCUGGAACCAAGUCCUGGAGAGAGUUCAGGAUGUGAGGGCUGCAUCCAGAAUGAAGCAGCUUUCAUAUGCAGGGAUAUCAGGCCGCACCAUGUUUGGGUUGGACCACAAUGCAGUGGUGUAUCUCAUCGAACAGCUUUAUGGUGCCUUGCACUGUCAUCACAACUACAAGUUCCGGUUCCAUAAAUAUGACCUGGAUCAGGCUGAUGAGGAGGUUGCUUUGAACCCAAGCGGAGCAGCCAGAUCUGAGUCCUUUGCAAGCCGAAAACCCUUUGACAUGUUCAACUUCCUGAAGUCCGUCUACAGGACAAAACCUGGUGAUGAUGAGAGGGAAAAGGAAGAAGAAAUGGCCUUGAAAUCAUCCAGGAGAGCAACCAGUCUGAGCCUGCCUAUGGCCAUGAGAUUCCGCAAGCUCAAAACAUUUGCCAAGGAGGCUGUGGAUGUGUACAGGUCCAAAAUUCACGGCCGGGGACUUUUCUGCAAGAGGAACAUUGAUGCAGGCGAGAUGGUCAUUGAAUAUGCCGGAGAGGUCAUCAGAGCCUCGUUAACAGACAAGAGGGAAAAGUACUAUGAAAGCAAG